AUUGUGGCAGAAUUGCAGUGCACUGGGCUGUUGAGAGCAGGGUACCAUCCAGGCUGUUGUCUGUGAGGGGUGGGGUCCGGCUACACUGAUACCACCAAACAUAAGCUUACAGAGGGACACAGAAAGACAGCAAAAGAGAGGAAAAAAGAGAGAGAAGAGGGGGGAAGAUUGCACCUGAAGAGGAAUAUAAUACGGGAUGAAAGGAGACACCCCAGUGAACAGCACCAUGAGUGUCGGCCAAGCCAGGAAGCUGGUGGAGCAACUGAAGAUAGAGGCUAGUUUCUGCAGGAUAAAGGUAUCAAAGGCAGCGGCCGACCUGAUGGCGUACUGUGACGCACACGCCUGUGACGACCCCCUGAUCACCCCCGUACCCACCUCAGAGAACCCCUUCAGGGAGAAGAAGUUCUUCUGCGCUCUGCUUUGAGACCAAUCAGGGAUUGUUGUGAUAAAAGUACAACUGUACAGUAUGUACAUGUAUGUACAGUGUGUACAUGUACUUCCAAUCUAAAUAAGACAUCAAUGUACUAUAGUAACCUUGCAUAAAAGCUGCCGAUGUACAGUACAUAAACAACAAAAUGUCUUGAACUAAAUUCUUUAACUGCUAACGUCUGUCUCAAUGUUAAGAGGGGAAUUUGAGACAAAACCUAAACAUUCAAUCAAUAAUGAGUCAAGAGUUAUCGCUAUCAAGACCCAAAAUACAAAAGUUUAAAGGAGAAUUAUAAAACAACUGUCAUCUGGUUGAAAACAUGGACAUCUCAUGCACAAAUAUAUCACAGGUAACUGCCAAAAAGGAAACAUGCUGAGCAUCAAGUGUCUUAAUAGGCUACACCAACAACAGGAACAGAUUCAUUUGGAUUCUGCAGCAUUUGAAACUUUUAACUGGGAUGCUAAAUUCCUACAUUAGGUCUUUGGAUUGUGGUGGUGCUACAUGUCUCAGAUGCUGCUCCGAUAGGUCCAGGUUGUCAGUUCUCCACCUAUAAAUUGCGCAUACAUUUGAGACCAGGAAACUGAGAGAAAGAAUAGCCUGUGAUAGAUAAUUAAGUAUGACGUUUCCCAUAAUUGUCAUUGUUUCCACGCUGACGUUUGGUGACUACCUGUAGAUGGAGGUAAUAACAUCCUUUCUUCCAUCAGAAUAGCAAUGCUUCACUUAAAGGUUCUUCAUUUUCCAAUUAACAUGUACAUCGUCCUUUACAGCUGAAUCCCAUCUGUUGUUGCCAUGUUUUGUAUCCACUGAAGUGUUUCCUGUGUUUUGGCAGUUACUUGUUACAACAGCUAUUUAUGAGUGGGCUACAAUCAUGUCGGUCAAAGUUUUAUUAAGCAUUUUGCUCAUUUCUAUACUGUUGCUGUAGUGUGGAUGUGGACGUGUGUGUGUAUGCAUUAGGUGCUACUGUGAAACUUCAGUAACAAUUCUGAGCAUCUGGUCACUGUUAAAUCAAGAUUUUAUAGUUCAAUAGCACACAAACCCAAAAAUAACAUUCCAGGGGUUAUGGAUAUGUAUAAUCUAAGCCAUUAAAGCAAAAUGAGAUAUUUGAUUAUUAUGAGUGUCGCAUUAACAGUUUUCUAUUUCUUUAAGUCAAAUAAUAAAUACAGCAGUUAUAAUGUACUUUUACAGACAGGUGUGCAUUGUCACUUUGAUUAAUCAGGUUCUCCAGAGCAGAGGGGUCCUUGACGGUUUCCAGAGGAUCAUGGAUAAUAUGUCUAUUCUGAUCCUUAUAAGAGAGGACUGAUGAGAAUGAAUUGAGAGUUCUCAUUUUAAUUAAAGCUUUCACUUUUUCCAUGGUUAUUUCUCCAUCUACAGUACAGGCAAUGGCUCAGUUUUGCUCUAAAUUAUAUCCACAAAACAAGGAAACUGCUCUCCUGACGUGAUCCCAUCACGAGCUCCGUAGCAUCUUUGGCAUGCUUCAUUUUUUGGGAGGGACCCCUGCUCUGGACCUUUUCAAAAAUUGACCAAUGUAUUUUCAAUAACUUGCAAAUCAAAUUUGAAGCUUUGGCGAAAGAACAACCGUGGAAUAUCAAGCAUUGAAAUAAAACCUCCUGUCAUCAAAGGUUUUCUUUCAUUUGUGACUUUAUUGAUAAAAAUGCAAACUUUAAUGAAGAUGUUAAAAAAAAAGUGUCCAAAUCUGAUACCUGCCUUAUUUUUCAAUAAUAAGAGAAAUAUAGAAACUCAAAGGUUUCACAGUCAGAGGCAAACACAUCAGCCAGCGUUUUAACAAGGAGCGGCUACAAAACAGUUCGGCUACGUUCAGACUGCAGGCAAAAGUGGCCCAAAUCUGAUUUUUUUUUUUUUUAACGUCACUCUAAAUCGACAUUCGUCACAAUUCUGAAUACAAACAUGGAAGACAGCUGCACACACCUCCGUACAGAAGUAGCAGCCAUUGCUCCACAAAAAGCCAUAAUUAAAAAUUGGUCUCUCUUUCUCCUCGUCAUCAUUAUCAUCUGCUCAUACAACUUAUAAAUGAAACCGUAAACACCGACUUCAAUGGCCUCCAUGUUUACUUUGUGUGACAGCGUGCUGCGUGUGACGUCUUUGUUAUUGUUCUUUUGCACAUCCAGGUCAGUUCAGGACCAUGACCAAAAAAAAACCCGAUGUGAAAAGCCAAACAAAGAAAAAUCAGAUUGAAGGAUAAAUCUGAGUUGAGCACUACGGCUUUCAGUGUGAACGUAGCCUUACAUCUUCAUACAGCAGGUGACUGCUGGGUGCAAGCAUUACUCAAUGUGAGGUUAUCUGAUAACUGAGUAACCAGCUUGGACAUGCACUACUGCAGAUUUUAUAGGUUAUCUGACUAGAUAAUAUGCUAAAACUAUCAUGCAUUAAGGCAUUUCAUGUUUAGAAAGACAGUCAAAGAUAAUAUUACACUCUUUUAUGAAGUCCUAACUAAAUCUGUCAGGUGGUAUCCAUCUUCAUUUAAAGCCAUUGGAAACUUAGAUCAGUCAUGUACUCUUUCAUGUUUAGAGGCAAAUUUGAGACUUCUUAUUUUUAAGUCAAGAAAAAGAUUGGAUGUUUUUUUUCUCAAUCUUGUUGAGCUUUUUAUUUGCAGAAUGAGAAACAAAGUCGACUUCUAUUAAGGCUUCAAACACAUUCAAUCAGAUUACUUCAGCAUCUCAGCUACUUCAGCCACUUAACUGUUAAUGGACAAAUAGUGCUGACUGGUGUAUCAUGGCUGUUUGUUAUGAUUAAGAUGGCUGCCAUAUGAUUGUGACAAUGUUGUCGUAGGAAUGGUUUUAUGUGUGAAUAGUGUGAGAACCUUGCAAUGCAUUUGGUGCUGUGUCACCACAAUGUGCAAUGAAAAUUCACAUUUUCCUAACAUCAUGGCAGUCAUUUAACACACCAACCAGCCACAUCGAUCAGACCAUUUGUUUUGACCUCUAGAACUUCAGGCAAGUACUAAAUGCUUUGUGAUAAAAAGUAUUAUCUAGCUAAUCUAGUAAACAUACACUUGUAAUUUAAUUCUUUAAUGGAAAGAUCGCAGUCCGCUCAUCAGCAAUAGACACAUUUUUGGGUGUUUGAGUUUGUAGCAUCUGCAUCUUUAUUUGUAUACAUUUCCAUCUUCAGGUUCAAACAAGCUUUGAGCGGACCAGAUGUGUGGGGGGGUUUCAACAAGUUAAAACCGCAAAUUCUUCAUAAUUACAAAAAAUAUAUAAAAUUCUCUGCAAAGACCAGUGUCACAUUAGUUUUUGAGGUUUAGUUUUCAUGAGUCUCACAUAUAUCAUUUACAUCAUCUGCAAACCAGACUAACCAAAUUGUUGAUGGAAUUACAGUACGUUACUUAACUGUGGUAUGAUGUACCAUUUAAAAAAAAAAAAGAAGAAGAAAAAAACAGCUUACAUCAACUUUCCAAUGGCUUUAAAAACAGGCAAAGAAGCCCAGAAGUUGAAGUUAAGUAUUAGUCUGGAUUGUACUGGUAAAUCACAUUUCAAGAAAGAACAAUGCGUGAACUAAAAUAAUAUCAAAAUGGUAAAAUAGUUAAACAAUGAACAAACUGCCAAUGUUGAGCUUGGAAAGGCAAAUUCUCUGUGAAUGGUGAACAAUGGAUGAACAAUAAAUUUAAAAUUCAACCUUAAA